GGCAACGUGACCACGGUCUUGCUUGCGCAGCGGCAAAUGGCUGAGAUACCAUAUGGGAAUCGUCGCCUUCCGGUGUUGCAGCUGCCGGGUAUCCAAAUCGGCGGUCAGAUACUUGGUUCUCCUCUAAUUGGCGGGGAACGUUUUGCUUGUGCACCCCUAGGGUCUGUCCGGUUAGACAGCAAGCCGAGUGUGGCCCCAGGACAGCCAAAGACAAGUGCCGCUCGUGAUGGUUCGGGACAACAAGAUGCGAGUGGUGCUCGUGGCGUGGAAAAAAUUGGGAGCCUUCCAGCGGAACGGAGUGAACGACGACAAAUAUACGUAGUAGAGGUAAAGGUAGAACCUGAGCGCACAGCGCCUCGCGCAAGAGGAGCAAAAGCUGGUGAUCGUCAAGUCGUGGGGAACACUGGUUCAGGUGGUGCGAC